AUGCCAGAAAAUCUUUUAUUUCUUAGAUACCAAUGUACAGACGACACAGCACUAGCAGUUCAGAGUAUGGGCUUAGAAACCUGUGAAGAAAUACUAAAUGAGGACUUAGACAUGCUUUUAAAUUAUUGUAAAAUGUGUAAACUGAAACGAAAUCAAUCUAAAAGGGAAUCGAUGAUGCUUGAACAACAGAUUGACUAA